AUGAUGACUUCUCGAUCGAUUGUUCCUCAACAAGCCAUGGGUGAUGUUAUUGUUGUGGAAGAUGACAAGAAUGUUGGGAAAGGAAGAAACCGUCAAGCUCUUGGUGAUAUAGGUAAUGUUGUUCGAGGAAAUUACCCAAAGAACGAACCGGCAAAGAUCAAUCGUCCUCGUACACGGUCUCAACAUGUUCCACUUGUCGAGAUUGUUAAAUUGGAUAAACCUGUGGAGGUGAAGAGAAUCGCUGUACCGAAGCCAAAGAAAAGAGCUGAGAAAUCGAAAGUUGUUGAGAUAAUUGAGAUUAGUUCAGACAGUGAUGAAGAAGAACAUGGUUUAGUUGCUGUCAAGGAGAAGAAGGUUACUAAGACGAAAGUAGCAACCUCUUACACAUCUGUUCUUACCGCUAGAAGCAAGGCGGCGUGUGGUAUCGAGAAGAAACCGAAAGAAGUGAUUGUUGAUAUCGAUUCAGCUGAUGCUGAGAAUGAUCUUGCAGCUGUGGAAUAUGUUGAAGAUAUCUACAAAUUCUACAAGUCUGUUGAGAGUGAAUGGCGACCAAGCGAUUACAUGCGAUCGCAGCCUGAGAUUAAUGAAAAGAUGAGAUUGAUUCUGGUUGAAUGGUUGAUAGAUGUACAUGUACGAUUUGAGCUAAACCCAGAAACGUUUUACCUCGCCAUUAACAUUUUGGACCGGUUCUUGUCGCUUAAGCCAGUACCUAGAAAAGAACUGCAGCUUGUUGGUCUCAGUGCGCUUCACAUGUCAUCUAAAUACGAAGAAAUCUGGCCACCACAGGUUGAGGAUCUAGUUGACAUUGCAGACCACGCCUACACUCACAAGCAGAUUCUGGUGAUGGAAAAGACAAUACUGUCUACACUCGAAUGGUAUUUGACAGUUCCGACUCAUUAUGUCUUCCUCGCUCGGUUCAUCAAAGCUUCCAUUGCUGAUCAACAAUUGGAGAAUAUGGUGCACUAUUUGGUGGAGUUAGGCGUGAUGCAUUACGACACGACGAUAAUGUUCAGUCCAUCUAUGGUUGCUGCCUCUGCAAUCUACGCAGCAAGAUCUGCUCUUCGCCAAGUUCCCAUUUGGACCAACACUCUCAAGCAUCACACCGGCUAUUCGGAGACUCAGCUCAUGGACUGUGCAAAGCUUUUGGCGUAUCAGCAAUGGAAGCAGCAAGAAGAAGGGAGUGAGACUACUAAGGGAGCUUUACGAAAGAAGUAUUCCAAGGACGAACGAUUCGCUGUGGCUAUGAUCCCUCCGGCCAAAUCUUUGUUGACCGGAACUGAAUCUGCUUAG